AUGAGCGGCUCCGCUUUUCCGUUGGCAGAAGCUGUGGAUCAUAACAGGAGCAGCAUCCAUACCAAUGAUGUUUGGAGCAUCAGUGGAAGUGGUCCAUGGCUCUUGGCGGUCAUUAUGUCCCUUAUUAUUCUGGUGACAGCUUGUGGGAAUAUCCUGUUGGUAGCACUGGUGUUCGCCCACCGUUCACUACGCUGCACGUCAAACUGUUUCCUCGUGUCCCUCUUUCUAUCUGACUUGAUGGUAGCUCUGGUGGUGAUGCCACCUGCAAUGUUGAAUGUUCUCUGCGGCACCUGGGUUCUUUCUCCUGGGUUCUGCCCUGUCUGGCUUUGCUUUGAUGUCAUGUGCUGCAGCGCCUCCAUCCUGAACUUGUGUGUGAUCAGCCUGGACCGCUAUCUCCUAAUUAUCUCUCCAUUACGCUACAAACAGCGCAUGACCCCUCCCCGGGCUUUGCUACUUGUGGGUGGUGCUUGGGGAUUGGCAGCGCUAACUUCUUUCCUGCCAAUAAAGAUGGACUGGCACAGUCUAGGCCGUACACAGGAUCACUCAGGGCAUGGGAUAAUUAACACCACAGUCCCAUGGUUGAGCUCUUACUACCCAGCUUCAUACUUCCAGCUCUCCAACUCAGGCAUGCUGUCUUUACAAUGCCGUCUACGAGUCACUCUGCCUUUUGCCUUGGUUGCCACUUUCCUCACUUUCUUCCUUCCAUCGACAGCCAUUUGUUUCACUUACUGUCGUAUCUUGCUGGCCGCAAGGAGGCAGGCCCGUCAAGUAGAAGCUCUCACGUAUCCUCCAUACCCACAACAUUCACCCGGAGAACCAUCCUGUCCUCCGUCACUUGGACACGCUGCUCAAGAAGUAGACGACUACAGCCACCAGGAUCCUCCAGUGAUGCGCCAGGCUCCGCUGUCAGUGAACAGUGAACGGCGUCUAGCUCACAGGCAGGGGAAGAAGGCGCUGAAGGCUAGUCUGACACUGGGAGUGCUGUUGGGACUCUUCUUCAGUGCAUGGCUGCCCUUCUUCAUCACCAAUAUGGCACAGGCAGUAUGUGAGUGCGUACCUCCUUCUCUGUUUGAUGCUAUUACUUGGCUUGGCUAUUGUAACAGCACCAUGAAUCCUAUUAUCUACCCGCUGUUCAUGCGGGAUUUUAAGAGGGCCCUGGGGCGACUGUUGCCAUGCUGCUGUUCCUCUAACGUCCCCAGACGUCCAUCUCCUCCACUUUCCCUUUCUCUGCGCAAUUCAGGAGAGCCUCAGUUACAGAUAGAGCCACCCUCGACUGCUUCCGACCCACCACAGCCUCCUGCUACAGCCACAGACGCUGUAAACCUGCUUGAUGCUGAACACGCUGGGAUUCACCUGCCUUUACUUUUGCCCAACCAGGUAGAUACACUGGACUGA